AACAGUUUUGAGUGAAGUGCAGUGUAGCGUGUUGGAAGUUUCUGAAACACUGAAUACUUGUAGAACUUGGAGAGCAAAUAAAUAAUGCAGUUAAUCGCAGUGGGGUUAUUUUUAAGUCUGGUGCUUAGCUGCUGUGCCUCCAUAAGCGGACCAUAUCUGAUUUGGGGUCAUGACAAGGUGUUCAACUUGCAACCCCAAGCAUUAGUCGAUGCCACAAGCAAGGAGCAGCCGCUGACGCAACUUUUUCAAGAUGCCAAGGCGAUUAUAAUUUUCGUGCGUAAUAGCACAAAUCGACUGGAGGGCACCAAGUAUCCCAAGUUCCAGAAUUUGGUGAAGAGCAACGCCUGGGCGUAUUUGCCGCAACGCAGUCUGGCCGCAGAGCCGUACAGCUACAACGCCAACAUUGAGGUCAUUAACCUAUCAGGGCAUCCCGAGGAGGACGAUGCUGAGCUGCUAACGGGCUAUACCGAUGCUUUGACUGUCUACGGUCAUGGAGAAGUGCUGGGAAUCUUAGCCAACCGCGAGGAGGAGGCACACUUCUUGGCCAAGCGUCAGGCCAAGGAGGAAAUCAAGGAGGAGGAUGCGAAUCGAGCCAGCACCACACAAGCAACACCCACAGCCGGAGAGACGGAGACGACUGACAUCUACAUUGCCGAGGGAAACAAGGCGGUGCUUACCCUAAAUGGUCCACCAGAGCUGCGCUUGAGCAAUGAAACCCUGCUGCUGGAGGAGCACAACAAGCAUAUCACCUUCGAUGAUCAGCGUGCCAAGGGUUAUGGUCGUCUAAGCAUUACCUUCAUGUACAACGGCGAGAAGUGCACCCUGCGCUUUAAAUUCUCCCUGCUGCGUGGCACCUGGCAUCUGCGCAACGUGGAGGUGGAAUACCGGGACAACAAGGCUGUUCUGCCGGCACUUGGUAAUGAGUACACGCUGCCGUCGGCUCCGCUAGGCUUCUCAUUCCGUUGCUCCUCGGAGAAGCUGGUCUUCAGGAACCCCAUCAGGAAUGAUACUCUGCUGAAUCUCUACUUGACCGAUUACCAAGUGCAGCCCUGGCUCAAUGGACGCAAUAAGUUCGGCGAUGUUUACGAUUGUGUCGGCUUCAUUUCGGCUCCCAUUCUAGCCGGCUUGCUUGUGGUCGCCUUUCUCCUGGGCAUCCUCGGCCUGGGCAUCACCGCCAUGCUGAGCAUGCACACUCCGAACCGCUUCGAGAGCUCCCGAAACAAGCAGCUAACCUUCACUGUGCAGGAGUAGAUAAUCAUCCUCUAUAAAGAAGUAUUACAACUGUUGCAAAAUGUUCGCUUUGAUUACAUACUCACCGAUUAAUCCUUUGGCACUCCUCACGUUGGCCAUCGAAUUGUUUCUCAUACAUUUACUCUUUGUGCUGAUUGUUCUCUAUAUAUAUGUGCUAUGGUAUUACUAAUUAUCCAAAUAAAUACACCUAUGAGUAUGAA